UAUGUGCAAUGAAGACACAUUACUUACAAUAACUUCAACAACGACUGAAACAAAAACAAAUAGUUGGAUAUCUUCCAUAACAACCAAAGAAUCGCCUUCAGAAAAAACAAGUUCUCCUCGUAUUAAAAAUACAACAAUACGUUUAACUCCAAAAUCAUCGGCACAAAUACAUAAGCACGAAAGUAACGUGAUGGCUUUGGCACUAAUAACAAUCAUUGUUUACUAUAUUUUAUGA